AUGGCCUAUUCAGAUUCUACACACCUUGCCAGUUUUGGUACUGCUUCCAUAUGUCCUGGUUAUCUCUGGUUCGGUUCUCAGUCAAAAUACUCUCGUGCGAAACCAAGUAAGUUCGCUGCACAUCAUCUUGUGUAUUUUCCUUCACUUCCAAAAACAGUCAAGGAUGAGUACACAAAGCAAUUCGGUCAUGCUCCAAGUGAUGAAAUGAAAACUCACCUCAAACGGGAACUCAAACAUGAGGUUUGGAAGCUUCACCUCACGGUAGCUUUCCUUCAUGCAUAUGUCCAUGGUGUUGUGGUUGAAGGGCCUGAUGGUAUCCUUCGAAGACUAUAUCCUUGA